AGCGGUCUGCUGCUAGGGGGUCUUAUGAUCGGGUUUUUAGCUUUUAAACGAAGUGUUUUUAAUUUACAGAAAUACGUUUUAUUAUGUAACUACUUUUUAUUUCAAUUUAUUACAACCGAGUCGACUGUUUCCGACCGAAACCCCUCGCGAGUUGUGUGUGCCUGCUUAUCUACUUCUGUCGUUGGAAAACUAUUAAAUGAAGGCCUAGCGUUAGCUAAUCGGCAAAAUAGCUAGCUAAAUCAGAUAAUCUGCUAGGCUGUGUUGGAUUUCAAUUGAUGACUACUGAUAAUCGACAUUACACUGUGAAAUCAAAUCAGGUAUGUCGUCUCAGCUCCAGGUGUUCUCUCCUCCCUCCUCCUCCUCCGGCACAUUCUGCCGCGCCAAGAAGAUGAAGGUGGAGAACUGUGUUUGGGACGUGUCCUCCGACUGCCCGUACGGUUCCGUUGGGGGCCAGCAGGGGGUAGGGGGUUACUCCUUCACCCCUGCACUAGGCAUGGCGGUGCCCCCCUUCGCCCCCUCUGCGUUAGUGUUCCCUCCCGCCCCAGGCUCCCGUGGCCAGGUGGUGGUCAGGGCAGCGGACAGCACGGGCAGCCUCCCCCAGGGCUCCAGUCGCCGCCUCAACGACCAGUACGCGCACACACGCUCCUCGCACGCAAACUCUGAGACUGCCAGCGUGGGGAACGGGACACGACGACGGGGCCAGAAGAGGAAGAACGAAGACGUCGAGGUGAGCGGGAGUGGCUGCGGGAGUGUGCAGAUCCUGGAGGAGCUCUCUGCCCCUCGUCCCGUCUUCUCCACGCGUACAGGGGGUGGGGGAGGGGGUACGGGCCAGUCCAUCCCCCACUCGGCCCCCAACACCAAGAGCUCCAGCUCCAACGGAGACGGGGACUACCAGCUGGUUCAGCACGAGAUCCUGUGUUCAGUCUCCUGUAGUUAUGAGGUGCUGGAGUUCCUUGGGAGGGGGACCUUCGGUCAGGUGGCCAAGUGCUGGAAGAGGGGAACCAAUGAGAUCGUGGCCAUCAAGAUCCUCAAGAACCACCCCUCAUACGCACGACAGGGCCAGAUCGAGGUGGGCAUCCUGAACCGUCUUAGUGUGGAGAACGCCGAUGAGUUUAACUUUGUGCGUUCCUACGAGUGUUUCCAACACAAAGGCCACACCUGCCUGGUGUUUGAGAUGCUGGAGCAGAACCUGUAUGACUUCCUGAAGCACAGCAAGUUCAGCCCCCUCCCUCUACGACACAUACGACCCAUACUGCAACAGGUGGCGACGGCGCUGAUGAAGUUGAAGUCUCUGGGUCUGAUCCAUGCUGACCUUAAGCCAGAGAACAUCAUGCUGGUGGAUCCUCUCAGACAGCCCUACAGGGUCAAGGUCAUCGACUUCGGUUCAGCCUCUCACGUCUCCAAGGCUGUCUGCUCAACGUACCUGCAGUCACGAUACUACAGGGCUCCAGAGAUCGUCCUGGGUCUGCCGUUCUGUGAGGCCAUAGACAUGUGGUCUCUGGGCUGCGUUAUAGCAGAGCUUUUCCUGGGGUGGCCUCUGUACCCCGGAGCCUCAGAAUACGACCAGAUCCGGUACAUUUCCCAGACUCAGGGCCUGCCUGCAGAGUACCUGCUGAGCGCCGGCACCAAGACUAGCCGCUUCUUCAAGAGAGGACCUGACUCCAGCUACCCCCUCUGGAGGAUCAAGGCCCCUUCAGAGCACGAGGCUGAGAUGGGCAUCAAGUCAAAGGAGGCCCGUAAAUACAUCUUCAACUGUCUGGAUGACUUGAUGCAGGUCAACCUGUCGUCUCACCUGGAGGGGUCGGACAUGCUGGCGGAGAAAGCUGAUAGGAGGGAGUUCAUCGACCUGCUGAAGCGGAUGCUCCGAUUGGAUGCUGACAAGAGGAUCACGCCCACUAAGACGCUGGGUCAUCCCUUCGUCACCAUGAGUCACCUGCUGGACUUCCCUCACAGCUCCCAUGUGAAGUCUUGCUUUCAGAACAUGGAGCUCUGUAAGCGUAGGAGCUCAUCGUUCGACAACAACAAAACUCUCUUCUCCACUAACAGUCUUCCCAGUGCUUCCGCCGGCAACCUCACUGUCACCUUCAGCAGCCAGCUCAACCAGGUCCCGUCAGCAGGGGGAGCUGUUCCUCUCCUGAACUACCAGCCAGCCCUUUACCAGCAGGCCACCAUCAACAUCCCUGGGCUGACCCAACAGAGUGUCCCCCUGCAGGCUCGCCCCACAGGCCUGGCCUGCCAGACUGAGCCCUUCCAGCAGACCCUCAUCGUCUGCCCACCAAACACCAUACAGGGUAUCCAGUCAUCCAAUAAGAACUCUAGAUUCCCAGGGAGGAUGGACAGUUCAGUCCCGAUUGUGAACCAGAACCAAUCAACACAGCCACUGCAGCUGCAGCCUGCCAUGCUCACACAGGGCUCCUGCACACCCCUGAUGGUGGCUACCCUCCACCCCCACCCCCCCACGGUAGCAGGCGUAGCCCCCCAGUACUCUGUUCCCCUGGGGCUGGGCUGUGAUGCUGGCCGCCCCACCUUGCUGGAGCACACUGCCACCGUGCUGGCUUGGCCCGCCGGCACCCAGCAGAUCCUCAUACCAUCGUCAUGGCAGCAGGUUCCUGGAGUGGCCGUCCACGGCUCCGCCCACCAGACGGUUGUCGCGGAGUCUCCCUUAGAGACGCUCCUUCCGGACACAGCCCAGCAGACAAACAGCUGGAGGGGGUCUCGGUACAGCGGAGUACUGCAGCAGAGUCAAUCGAACUUUGACCCUAGCCGGGGUCAGGCCACCCAGAGGUCACAGCAGGAGAGGAGUGGAGUGGGGAAGAGGGCCAAGGGUCGCCGCGGCAACAACAGAACCACCAGGGGUGUGUCCGGUGUGUCGCUGCUCACCAACGCCAUGCUGACUCCGCCCACCUGCAGUGUGGCAGCUCUCUCUCAGCCAAUCAUCAUCUCAGACACGCCCAGCCCGGCGGUCAGCGUCAUAACCAUCCACAGCGACUCAGACGAGGAAGACGAGAGGAAGUUCCACCCCGCCAGCUGUGGUCCGGCUCAGAGGACUAACGUGAUCAGCUGUUUGACGGUCCACGACUCUGACUCCCCCACGGCCAGACCCCUCACCCCCCGCCCCCUCGCCGGGUCCCGCAAUCACACACACCUCCCUGGGGGAGGGAUGUCUAGGGGCAAGUCUCUGGCCGUGGUCGCACCGUCUGUCAAGACCCAGUCGACUGAGACGGGGCAACUCCAGAGCUCGUACAUCAAGCCCAAGCGGGCCAAUCGGCAGACCUGUAGUGGUGACAGCAGCGACCGCCAUAGGCUAGUCCCCAGCCAAUCACAUCCUCUCAACCUCAGCCAGGUACAGCCUAUAGUCUCCUCGUCGUCUCAGGACCGUUCCCACGGCAACCUGCGUCGCCAGGCAACCUACCCCCCUAGCCCCGCCUCCCACUACACCUUUCAGGAAGUGCCCUCCCUAAGCGCCGCCCCCAGCCUCUACACCUUCCCCGCCUCCGCCGCGCUAGCCUCCGCCUCUCAGGCCAUGGAACAGCUUCUGGGGCGUGGCCACCCCACCCCUUCCACCGACGCCCCUCCCACCGUCUCUUACGGAGCCUCGGGAUUGGCCCGGAGGGACGCAGGGACCAGGAAGGAGUCUUCGGUGGGGUCAGGGAUGAUCCAUGGGGUGGGGCUUCCUGCAACCUAUCAGCAUCAGUUUACUGCUGGGCCCCCUUACAUUAGUGUGAGGCCCCGGGCUGAGGCCUACAGCGCAUACCAGCUCAGCCCUCGACGGUUGGGACAGUAUCCCUACUUAUGAUGAGACGUGGGGCGCGUUCAGCAGUGUGCAACGUUUUGGAACGUUCAGAUAGAAAAAAAAAAAAUCCUAUG